AUGGAAAGACAGGCAACCUCGGCAAAGGGACCGUCAGCUUCGACGCAAAUUCCAGAUGCCAGCGGGUCUGGUAGCCUCGUAGGUUAUUUCCGGCUGGCUCGCGGGCACCUGAGCCGCCAAACCUAUUGGGGUUCCUUUAUCUUCAACAUAGGUGCCUUUGUUCUGCCAGCCCUAUAUAGUACUCUCAGCAAAAUAUGGGUUGCAGAGAUUGACUCUAGUCAAGUUGUGACAACUGACGUGUAUACCUAUAUUGGAGUGAUCGUCGAGGUUAUAAAUGAGGGUUUCCCUCGCUCGGCGUGGUUAUUGAUAGGGGAUAAUGCCACCCGGUCUAUGCGCUCGCGUCUGGAUCUGACGUGCACCAUGAUUGCAGCCACAGCAGUGCAGGGUUUUGUGGUCAUGGUCAUAUUACUAAUUCAUCCGCAAAGUCUUGCAUCGGCAUUUGUUCCAGCUAAGGUUCGACAAUCCUCAAUGACGUACAUUAGACUGUCUUCUGUCCAAUUUUAUACCUCUGCGAUGGAAGCAGCCUUAUCCUCAUCGACACGGGCAUUGGACAACCCCGAUGUGCCGUUGGUGAUAAGCUCGAGCAAGUUCAUAAUCAAUAUACUAUUAGACCUGCUUAUAAUCUCAAGGUUCCGUGUCGGCCACUCAACGCCAACUGUCAUCCACCAGGCCAUCAUUCGGCUAGCUUGUGACUGUCUUUCCGCUCUCGCGGGCUUAUCAUACUUCGUAUUGAUUAUCGCACGUCGCAAAAUAGAUGCGAGCGAUCGAUGCAAUUUUAAUAUCGUGCAACUUGGUGAAACUUACGCAACUGCCUGGGGUGUCUUUAAUACUAUUCGCUGGGGCCUCAUUAUGGUACCUGUCCAGGCGCUUGAAACAUCUACACUCGCCUUUGUUGGCCAUAACUGGGCAUUUUUCCGAGCGUCAAAGGAGGCACAGUAUCCAAAGGCAUCCCGCAAAGAGGUUUUAGGGAUCUUGCGGCCUGCCCUUAUGUCCUGUUUGGUCGGUCUUGUCUACGAAGUCGUUCUUUUCGCAUCUCUUUCCGUACAAGGAGUUCAGUAG